AUGAAUCAGGUGAGGAAGGAGAAGCUAGGUGAUAGAAUAACAGCACUUCACCAGCUAGUUUCCCCAUUUGGAAGGACUGACACGGCUUCUGUAUUGUCUGAAGCCAUUGGAUACAUCAAGUUUCUUCAUGGUCAAAUUGAGCUGUUGGAUGACACUGGCCUAAAAAGAAAGGGUGCUCCAAUUCCAAACCAGACUGCAAAAGCGAAUAAGGGAAAGAACUUGAGGACUAGAGGGUUGUGCUUAGUCCCUAUGUCAAGCCUUUGUCCUGCACACAACAUGUUGGAAGCACAAAUGGAGCUGAAUAUUUGCAGGGAGGCGUGGAAAUUAGUUGAAGCGAGUUAG